GUGUAGAGUUGCCGAUGCUUUAAGCAUUUGAUGUACAAAAAUGAAGGUUCGUUCGCGGGAUUACUUAAAUUCAAAGGGCAAACGCAUAAAGGAAGAUAUGCAGAUGGUUUCAAAUGAAGUUGAACAGUGCGAAACCCCUGAACAAGAAUCCAUGAUAGUCGGUAUCAGUUGUAAAUAUCUUUCUGUAUAUGGUGGUCUGUUAUAAAACAAAGCGUUUCUCCUACGCUUUCUCUUCUUGGAUUAUUCCACGUUUUUGCAUGAGGGAGUUUGAAAUCAGGCUUGGCCCGGUCAUCGACGUGUGAAAAUGUGCCAAAGUUGUCUUUUUCCUUCAGUCAUGCUUCACACAAUAGUUGGGGUUUAUAGCGGGUUGUGACCGUUUUUGGGCUUGUGAUUUCGAAAGAAGGAUUUUGACUAUUCAUUAAAUCGAAGGACUCGCUUUUUCACUGUUGCUUAUUUCUGAAGCAGCGAGCCUGAUUAUGUGGCAACGGGCUAUUAAUUGGUUUGGAAUUGCUGCUGGCAGAAGCUAGUGAUGGUUUUAUAAGGACAUUUCUUUAGAGGUGACGCUGUGGGGCUUCUCAGGGCUAGGGUGAUGCCUCCUGUGAUUAGGUGCAAUUGCAGGGUCAUUAUCUGUUGAUCAUCUUCAACAGGCAAACUUGAACUUGGUCUUCUAAUAAGGCUAUGGUGCUAUGGAUGUGGUCUGGCUGCUGAGAAAAAUUAAGAGUUUUUGUUAAUUUCAAGAGCUUAGGAAUUGGCUUGUUAUGGACUCCAAAAUGGACAAUUAUGAGGUCAUGGAACAAAUUGGCAAGGGAGCCUUUGGCUCUGCAAUUCUUGUGUUUCAUAAGCUUGAAAAGAAGAAGUAUGUAUUGAAGAAAAUUCGUCUUGCUCGCCAAACAGAUAGGUGUAGACGAUCAGCACACCAAGAGAUGGCUCUCAUCUCCAAAGUCAAUCAUCCUUACAUUGUGGAGUACAAGGAGUCUUGGGUAGAGAAGGGCUGCUAUGUGUGUAUUGUGAUAGGUUACUGUGAAGGCGGGGAUAUGGCUGAGACAAUGAAAAAGGCAAAUGGAGUAUAUUUUCCUGAAGAAAAACUCUGUAAAUGGUUUGUACAGCUUCUUCUUGCAGUGGACUAUUUGCACUCAAAUCAUAUCCUUCAUAGAGAUUUGAAGUGCUCAAAUAUCUUCUUGACAAAGGAGCAGGAUGUCCGUCUCGGAGACUUUGGAUUAGCAAAGAGGUUGAACCCAGACGACCUUACUUCUUCUGUUGUGGGAACACCAAAUUAUAUGUGUCCUGAGCUUCUUGCAGAUAUCCCAUAUGGCUUCAAGUCUGACAUCUGGUCACUAGGGUGCUGCAUGUACGAAAUGACUGCUCACAGACCAGCAUUCAAAGCAUUUGAUAUGCAGGGAUUGAUUAACAAAAUUAACAAGUCUACAAUAGGGCCCUUGCCAAGCAUGUAUUCCAGUGCCUUUAAAGGUCUAAUUAAAAGCAUGUUAAGAAAGAAUCCAGAACAAAGGCCCAGUGCCAGUGAAUUAUUGAGGCAUCCUCAUCUUCAGCCUUACAUUGCUAAAAGCAGGACACAUUUUGGCCUUGCUCACUGCCCAACCCCAGAUAGGUUCUCGAGGGGUGGAUACCAUCUUGAACAGGAAAAUAUAGAUGGAAGCAACAGCAGUUGUGAUAGAGAAGGUUCCAGUAAUAGUGAUCUAACUUGUCCAGUAAGGCCCCCUCGUGAUUAUGUGAAUGCUAGAGAUAGUGCACUGCAGGAUAGUCUUUCGCAUAACAUUGGAAGCGAAGGUACAUGGUCCUACACAGGAAAGGAAUUGCCAAAAUCUUCCAAGCAGGUGUUUUUAAAUAAAUAUUCAGCUGUCCAGGAACCAGAUGAUUCAAAUUUGUGCUCGGAGGAUGUUCCAUUGGAUAGGCAUUGUGGCCUUAGCUUUCUUGCAGGAAAUUCAGAAAGUCUGGUAGAUAGGAGUAAAGAAGUAAAGCAUCCAGUGGUUCAGAAAAAAAACUCUCCUGCUAAUGCAACAAAACGACUUGCAAAAGAUGCUGUUGGAGGUGGAAGCCCUCAGACUCCUGAUAGAGUGUUUUCUACUCCCAGAGUAAAAGCCGAUUCUGUAAAGAAGGCACAUCUUAUUCAAGGCAGGCAAUCUCUACCCUAUGGAGAACCUUCACCACGAGUUGUGUUGACACCAAAAUUGGAUGGUAAAUAUUCGCAUGCAAAACAAUCUCAUCGUCCCUCUUGUGUACCAGGUUCAACUCCAGGUAUUUCUAGUCGUAGGGCCUCUCUGCCCCUACCAACAAAACCGUCAGUUUCGCGGCCUACUUUUAUAGCUAACAGUCCUCAGAAUGGAACACCUAGAGUAAAGGCUGUUAACAAUGAAUCUGUAACACCUAGGCCACGAAAAUCUUCUUUGACUUCACGCUCAUCAGCACCUUCAUUUGGAAGAAUUCAAGCACUCACUGAGAGAUCUCACGUUACUGCAGAAGAUGCAACAACCGAGUCACCUUAUUUUUCUAAAGUUAUGACUUCGCGGUACUCUGACGGAAACAAUUAUUCAGGGCUUCAAGCUAUGCAGUCGCCUGAUGUAUCAGUUAAUGCACCCAGACUUGAUCGAAUUGCGGAGUUCUCCAUAGCCCCUUCUGAAAACUUGCUGCCCACUGCAAAACACCGUGUUAAGGAUGCUCGUUUAGAGAUUCCUGGAAAAAAAAGUCGUCAUUUGAGAGCAGAGAGUAGACCAUAUGGAUUGCAACUAGAAGGGUCCACCUCAUCAAGCUCAGGUUCAGAUAGGGAUGAUGCAAACUGUGAUAGAACACAGGAGAAGUGCACAAUCCAGAUCAAUGCAAAAGCUCCUGCUUCUGUUCAGGUGAAACCAGCCUUCAAUGAUGUUAUCCAUGUAAUUAGACACAGUACUUUUCGAAUCGGCACAGAUCAAGAUGAGUCAGAGACAGGAACCGCAGGCAGCUUUGUGCAAGGAAGAACGGAUGUGAAUUCUUUUUUAGAUGCAGACAAUAAUGAUCUAGAUGUCCUGUCAGUUCCCAUGGGGACAACUGUUACUGGCCAUCAUAUUGCAGAUCAGCACCCUAAGCCAACCUCAACCUCCAGCAGAGAUUCUGAUUAUUCUCAACAACGAUUAAGGGGAGGAAUAGAUCUUAAAUCAUAUCAACAAAGAGCAGAAGCUCUUGAAGGCUUGCUAGAGCUUAGUGCACAAUUACUCCAACAGCAGAGACUAGAAGAACUUGGCAUAGUUCUGAGGCCUUUUGGACGUGGUAAAGUUUCCCCAAGAGAAACAGCCAUCUGGUUGACAAAAAGCCUGAAAGGAGCAAUGAGUGAUGAUCACUACAUGGGUUGAGAAUCACAGAUAAUUCAACAUGCUACUUGUUUAUAUAUGUUUUGUAUCCAGUUUUCUGAUAUGUAAAUAUUACUUGGUCCCCAAGUUGGCCCCAAGUGGAACAUUUCUCCUUUAUAUAGCAUCUAUUUGCAGACAAAUGAUGGCUGUUUGUCUGUAUAGGAUCUGAAUUUUGGAUAGUUAUACUGGUGGUGUUGCAGUAUAAAUUCCAGUUGAUUGUUGGUCUGACCUCUUUCUUUAAUCAUGGGUUUGCUUGAUGGUAGCAACCUAAUUGUUGUGAAAAUUUGUGGGUAACCUGGUUGCUUUCUUUUUUCAAGGCGAUCUGGGUUGGUGAUUUCUUUAGUUCACCCUAAGGAAUGUCAGUGGGAGACAUGACAGCCCUGCAUUGAGAGUUGGUGGUAUGGUAGUCCUAUGGUUGAUUCUUCUUGUUGAGUUUGUAUGGUUGCAACGGAUUUUAUAAUAUAGCAGGUUUACAAUUUUGGCAACA